AUUUUGUUUAUUUGAAUGUUCUUUUAUGUUUUAGUAUUGGCUGAAAGCACUAUAUCAAGAGUCUUAACGGCACUGUGUCCCCACAGCGGUGUCUACCGCAGCAAUAUGGCCCCUUCCUCCCGCAGCAGCACACAUGAGGACGAUAAUUACGGAAUAAAAGACAGAAAGACGAGGAAACCAUUGGUGGAGAAAAAGAGACGAGCGCGCAUUAAUGAAAGUUUACAGGAACUGAGGCUACUGCUAGCCGACUCGGAUGCGCAGGUAAAAAUGGAAAAUGCCGAGGUGCUGGAAAUGACUGUGAAACGCGUGGAAAGUAUUCUGCAAAACAAAGCUAAGGAUGCUGACAGCGUGAACCGCGAAGCGAACGAGCGAUUCGCCGCGGGCUACAUCCAGUGCAUGCACGAAGUGCACACGUUCGUGUCCAGCUGCCCAGGAAUCGACGCGACAAUAGCCGCCGACCUUCUCAACCAUCUCCUGGAAUGCAUGCCUUUGAACAACGAUGAUCGCUUCCAGUAUAUUCUGUCAGACCUGAUAUCGGACUGCAGCACUUGUUCGAGCGAUGGCAUGUACGCUGCGUUCUCUCCCGAUGACAGGAGCGUGGUCAGCAGCGACUCUUCUGCUUUGUCCCCGUCACCCUCCACCACCUCCAGCGAUGACCUUUGCUCUGACCUAGAUGACUCGGACACAGAGCACAGCCAUAUCUCGGUAGAUGCCACGGAUCACCGGGAAGCGCCAAACGUGCCAACUACGUUCCACUCCAAGUCCAUGUGGAGACCAUGGUAGACUGAAUCACCAGGGAUGCUCUUCCUAUAGAGCUCGCCUAGCUUUCUGUAGAGUUCAGUUGCUAUUAAAGUCAGCAUUAAGGUAGAUCUGCAGGAUUGAGCACUAUCUAUAGAUUAGGACAGAUGCAACUUGAUAUAGCUGUAAUUCAAAGUGCAUAUAACAGACAAUGCCAUUGAGACCUGUAGAUAUCCCCCAAUAAGCUCUUUAUGGUGCAACAAUAUGCCAGCAAAACAUUUUAAAUGAUUGCCUUUUUGUAUUUAAUUGUUUUGUAUAAUAUACAAUAAGUUAAAACAACACUGUGAGGAUAAAUAAUAUCUCUAGGGAAUGCUUUCCCCACUUCUAAUUAUUGUUCUGUAGGUUUUAGAAUGUAAAUAUUUGAAUGUCGUGGCUGUAGAUGUUUAGAUCUCUGAUAUUACAAAGUGUUUGUGAUGAACCAUGUUCCGGACAUAAAAUGUGUUCCCCCCCAUAAACUCCCUUCAU